AUGGCUCCUCCCGUCGGGAUCCAUGCGGCUUCUCCGGAAGAUGCUGCGAGGAACCCCCGCACAGGGACCACGACAGGCCCGGACACCGGGUUCAAGUGGGAGGUUCAGCUCUACGGCCUCGAUCUAAAGCAGUCGAAUGUCUUUUUCCUAUGGCUCAAGCAGGGGGGGCCCGGUAAUCAAAAUAACAUGAACGUGGAUAACUUGUCGACGCCUUACUUCAACAUCACCAAUGGGCCUCUUCCCGAUACCACGUCUAAGCCCUCGACCACCACACAGCUCUCAACAUCUAGCGAACUGUCAACGUCCACGAGCGGGUCCGCGAGAUCACUAUCACUUACCACACCGUCACCACUGUCGACCGAAACCACGCCGUCGCCAACGGCACCUUCGGCAGCGGAUGACGCAGAAUCAUCUUCUCGGGCUGAGACCGGCUUGCCCGUGGGUGCUCAGGCAGGAAUAGGCGUGGCUGUGUCCGUGGUUGGGAUCACCUGCAUCCUCUGCGCCUUGUUUUGGUACCGGCACCUCAAGAAGAAGCGGCAACUUCUCGCCGGUUCCCAACAAAAAGAUGUUUCACCAUACUCCCCCGCCAUGAGCGACCCCUGGAAGAUCUCCGAACUGCCUCCCGCUCAUUUCCAGAACCCUCCGGCCGAGUUGCGGGCGAGCCAUUUCUACAGGUCUCCUUGCGAGCUACGGAAUGGCCAUUCACCCGUUGAGAUAGGCGCCGGGCGAGACUUUGCCGAAAUGCCUACCCCAAGGGACUACCGCCCUUAG